GUAUUCAGUUUGUGGCUCCGCUCCCUGCUGCUCAUCUGGAGAGUCAGGUUCAAAACGAGAGGAAGGAUACACGGUUUAUUGUUUUAAUAAAUAGACAUAUACGAUAUAUGGAUGUUCAGGGACAUUAGACCAGGGAGCGUUACUUAGUCCUAGUUAAUUUAACAAAACCUUUUUACAAAGCAACGAUAAUGCUAUUGAAGUUCUAUAUGUUAUUAUAAUUAUGAGAGGUGGUGAUUCAGGCAAGAUGUCACAGAUCAAUGAGGAAAAGAGAGCAGCCUAUAGGAUCCAUUAAGGGCUAUGUUCAAGUCAAUUUCAGCUUUUCUUUGCGGUCCACAAAGUUCUGAUGUUCUUGAGUAUUUAUUGAUCUCAAAUUGAUCUGUUUCGGACAUUUAUUAAAAAUAUAAGGUUGCUUACAUGUGUAUUGUUUAUUAGAGUCUAGUUUUUAACUUCCUUCAACAGAUCAUAUUUGAAGCUGCCAUGGUACAGUGGUAAGGUGCACAUGCAGGGGGAGCCCUAUGUCACUAUUUGGUGGGCUGCUUUAUCAAACGGUCCCUUUCAGCACCUUAAACUACAAGGUUCAGGAACUCGAACAAGGUUAUGAUUUGUGAAUGUUUGUGGAUGCAUUUUCAAGUACUGAACUUUAUGGUCUUUGUCGUCUUUUAAAUGGUAAAUUGUGCUGUACUUGUAUAGAUCUUUUUGUCUUUAUUAAUAUUAGUACAGUGAUGAUAACUUUGUCUUUAUUAGUAUUAAUACAGUGAUAAAUACUGUGUCUUUAUUAGUAUGAAUACAGUGAUAACUCUUAAUAGUAUUAAUACAGUGAUGAAUACUGUGUUUGUAUUCAUAUUAUUACAGUGAAGAUAACUGUGUCUAUUAGUAUUAGUACAGUGAUGAAUAUUAUGUCUUUAUUAAUAUUAAUACAGUGAUGAUAACUCUUUAUUAUUAUCAACUGACAGCUGAUCCAGACGUGAUCCGCUGUCAUCAGAAACAGACAUUGCUUCACGUGAGAGGAAAUAAUGUCUCAUUUAUCUUACAUAUAUCCUUGUUUCCUCUCCUUGCAAGGAAAAGACGCAAGUGAGGGAAACGUGGCUGCAAUGAAGAGACUUGGGACGCACGCCACCCCAAGACAAGCCUGGAAAGAAUCGUCUAGUUUGGUUGCGUUGCUAGGUAACGAGUCAACAAAACCCGACUCGAAUGCUAGACGGAUGCAGACAUGUCCAAGUCCUCAGCAAACCAGUAUGACAGCGCCUUCCAGCCGCAGAGGCUGCAGAACUGGUGUGAACCGAGGCACUUCAAAGAGAGGGGCAAGGCAUGGCCAGACUUUAAGGGGACCUGGGACCUACCUGCUCGUAUCCCAGCGCGCUGCAUCAACCCGACAGGCCGCUCUGUGGAGGGCCUCAACAGGCUGAAGACCUGGGGCUUUGCCCCAGAGCAUGGCAGCAAACACACAGACAGGCUGCACGGCGUUGGCCAGCACACCAUGCAGACCAAUGGGGAUGAGCAGCAGAAGGAAGCUGCCCUGUCAGCCAGCGUAGCAGGAGGCAGAGACACAAAGAUGAACAACAAGGCCAGUGAACUUCAUUGAAGUCUUACUGGAUGAAAACUAAUUCCCACAAAAAUCUGCAGUCUGCAUCAAUUUAUGUCUGAUUGUUACUCGAAUCAUGAAAGGUCAACAUAUAGUUUUGGUAAAAAGUAUGAAAAGCUGUUUGUGAAUAUGUUUGUUACAGAUGUUUGUACCCCUUUAACACUGCCUGUAUCCAGCCCUCUCUUCCCUCCUCUUAAUGUGUGGCUUCUUCCUCUUUUAUGGUGACGAUUUCAUGAGUUGACCCACGCUGACCAAACAGCGUGUAGAGCAAUCAUAUUUUCACUUUACUCUGUGAAUGAAAUAUUAUUUCGACCACCCAGAGUUGCUGAUUGUCUGACCAGUAGAAAGACGUACCAAGUUUUAUUUUGAAUAAAGUGUGUUCUACAACAAGUUAA